AUUUGACAAAUAAAUAAAUUAAAGAAUAAAAAAAAAAAAAGCCCUAAAAUAUAUAGAUUACGACGAUUGAAUGAAUCUACAACAAAAAUGGAGGAGGAAAAAAAAUAUCUGAGCAAAUUCCACAUCGAUAAGAUUUUGUGAUUUAGUUGAUAAAACUAUAGAGAAUGACACGUCGAUGAUCAUUAAGAGUUAUUACACUCAUAUAGUAACUCUGGUGACAACUAAAAAAUACAUUAAUGACAUACCAAAAAAUAUGAUACUUUCAUUUAUAAAAUCAGCGUCUACGUUAUUAGCGUACCAGAUAAUAAAAAUUUUAAUGACAAGCAUCUCGGAUCUGCUGAAUGUGCUCGAAGAUAACUCAAUCCGGCCAUCAUUAUCCAUCACUUUAAAAUGUCAAAACAACGAUCUGAUUACAUUACCAACUAAGGAUUACUUUUUCUCUCGUUUUCAUUAUUUUAUCGAGGAGAUAGCCUCUGCUGGUUUACAAUUACAACCACUUGAAUCCUGGGUUGACAUGAAAAAUCAAGAAUUUAUCUUCGCGGUUCUUCCCGAGUGGUUUAUGCUCCAAUCCUACUCAAGACUCUCUAAAAUUUUGAAAAAUUACUGGGAACCCAUUGACAUUUACGUACUAAAUCUUCAGCGUAAAUUUAAAGUAAUCUACAGCGCGGAAGCCCAAUCAGAAAUCCGAAAUUUUAUAGAUUGUGAUUACAGUUUUCAGGAGGGAACUUUUAAGUUAGAAGAUUUCAAAAAACUAAUCACCGAAAUUGACGGUCUGCCAGAUAAUGAAUACUUGGAAGACAUAAAAAUUUCACAAUUCCCAGCUAAAAGUGGCCUAAAACAUUACACCGAAAUAUUUCUCGGUUAUAUUAUCCAAGAACUGCUUCAAAAGCAGCGUAAAUUCAAUCAUGAAAUCUGUUGGACUUUUGAAAAAGUCAAAAGUCAAGUUUUGAAUACCCCAGAGACAACCAAAGAGUUGCUGGAACUGGGAAAGUAUAUGCUGACAUUAACGACAACGUUUAUGGAAGAAAUGGAGGAAAAGAUCAAUUUUGCGGUGUCUAAAAUGCUGUCUGUAAUUGAAAUGACUACACUGGACUACGAUGACAUUGAGCUUAACCGUGAAACGGUCAAUUGGCUCGUCAAAAUAAAGCCAAUAUUCGAGGAGGGCAACCUCCAAUAUGAGCAAAUGAAAUUCAAGUUAGAAGAAAAUCUACAGUCUCGCAAGAACAAUUUAAUAACCUCUAUUGAAGAUUUAUUUUCUUAUUUAGAAAUAAUGGACAUGAUGGACGAUUCUGAGCGUAUUUUUGACUACAUCGAAGACAUGAGAAAGUUGGUACGAUCUUUAGAUCGUCUUGAUGAUGAAGUAAAGUGGAUUAAUAAUGAGGAAAGCACUUUUAAUUUUCCUCAAACGUAUUUUCCUCGAAUAAAAGAGCUCAAGGACAUAAUUAUACCCUUCUAUGAAUUAAUUUAUCAAGCUCGAAAAUGGCAGCGAGACUCUGGAGUCUGGUUGGACGGACCUUUUGAAUUUUUAGACGCUUCUGUAAUUGAAAAUCGCACUGCUGAUUAUUAUGCUUGGUUUAACAAAGUCUCUAAAGAAUAUCGAACUAAAAUAAAAAUUCAGAUUGCUACUGGUUAUCCUUACAUUUUUUCAGGCUCCGUUGACGAUCCAGAUCCUCUGUACCAGCCUGCGCCGAUGAAUUUGUGCCAUCAAUUAUUGGAAAGCAUCAAAUGGUUAAAGAAAUACAUGCCAUUGGUCUGUCUUGUGAAUCCUGCGUUGAAUCAAAGACACUGGGAUGAAAUUUCGUUGAUUGCUGGGCACGAUAUUACUCCUGACGCUGGAACGACAUUUAGAAAAUUAAUUAAUCAGGAUUUAAUGAAAGAUGUCGGUAAAUAUGAAGCUAUAAGUGUUAACGCUUCAAAGGAAGCAGCACUGGUGGAUCUGUUUAAUAAAAUAAAACAAGAGUGGGAUAAUGUUUUGUUUACUACGAUGACUUACAAAAAUUCUGAUGUGACUAUUCUCACCCAGUUGGAUGAUGUAAUGCUGAUUUUGGAAGAACACACGGUAAAACUUCAAGGAAUGCGAGGUUCUGCUUUUGUAAAACCUAUUGAAAAUUAUGUAAAUAUUUUUUACGAGGUUCUUGUGCGUAUUAGAAAAACUAUAGACGAGUGGUCGAGACUACAAGUCCAGUGGAUUUAUUUAUUGCCCAUUUUUACAAGCCCUGACAUAAUUGCGCAGUUGCCAGAAGAAGCUUCCAUGUUUUCGGAAGUUAAUCAGACUUUUUGUGAAAUAAUGGAAUCUAUAGCGAAAGAUCCGAGGGUCAAAGAGUCGGCAGGUUCAUUGGGAAUGUUGGAAAAACUUGAAAAAGCCAAUGAACUAAUGGAAAAAAUAAAUCAAGGAGUUGUAGAGUACUUGGAGAAAAAACGAUUGUUUUUUCCACGAUUUUUCUUUCUUAGCAAUGACGACAUGUUGGAAAUCCUUUCAGAAACAAAAGACCCGUUGCGUGUUCAGCCGCAUUUGAAGAAGUGUUUUGAGGGGAUUGCCAAAUUAGGAUUUAACAAAGACCGAGAAAUCUACGCGAUGACUGGCGAUGACGGGGAAGAAAUAAUGAUCCAGGAAAUAAUUUCAACUGAUGCGGCAAAGGGGUGCGUUGAAAAGUGGCUUAUAAAAGUUGAACAACAGAUGGUUAUGACAAUAAAACAUCAAAUUAUGGUCAGUUAUUUUGAUUACGAAGUUACGGAACGCGUUAAAUGGGCAUUGAUCUGGCCUGGACAGGUUGUUUUGUGUGUUUCACAAAUUUAUUGGUCUUUGGCUGUUACUAAUAGUCUUUUAACACGUACGGUUUCUGCUCUCGAGGCACUUUACGAUACACUCAAGGCUCAAAUUAUUGACAUGGUUAAUUUAGUCAAAGGUAAACUGAAUAGACAAAACCGCACGACUCUCAAUGCAUUAAUAACAAUAGACGUUCAUGCUCAAGAUGUAGUGGAGCUAUUGAUCGACAAAAGAAUCACCAGUGAGACAGACUUUGACUGGCUGGCACAGUUACGUUAUUAUUGGCAAGACAAUGUACUCGUUAGAAUAAUAAACUCAACUGUUAAAUACGCCUAUGAAUAUUUAGGCAAUUGUUCCAGACUUGUUAUUACACCGUUAACUGAUCGAUGCUAUCGAACAUUGAUUGGAGCGUAUUCCCUCCACUUAAAUGGCGCUCCCGAAGGUCCCGCUGGUACUGGAAAAACCGAAACGACCAAAGAUUUAGCUCGAGCAAUAGCAGUCCAGUGUGUCGUCUUCAAUUGUUCAGAAGCACUUGACUACAAAAAUAUGGGAAAGUUUUUCAAAGGUUUAGCUGCUUGUGGAGCGUGGGCUUGUUUCGAUGAGUUCAAUCGCAUUGAACUGGAAGUCCUCUCAGUAGUUGCUCAACAGAUUCUUUGUAUCGUUCAAUCAGUACGAGCUCACUUGGAAAAAUUUAUCUUCGAAGGAACGGAACUGUCAUUGAACCCAGCAGUUUAUAUCUGCAUAACCAUGAAUCCUGGAUAUGCCGGUAGAUCUGAGCUUCCUGACAAUUUAAAAGUUCUCUUCAGAACUGUCGCGAUGAUGGUUCCUGAUUACUCUAAGAUUGGAGAAAUAUUCCUGUACUCAUCUGGGUUCAAUUAUGCACGAGUUUUGUCACUAAAAAUAAAAACUACUUACAAACUUUGCUCCGAGCAAUUGUCAACUCAGUCUCACUAUGAUUAUGGAAUGCGAGCUGUUAAAACGGUGCUGUUAGCAGCGCAAAAUUUAAAGAUAAAAUUUCCAGAUGCCGAUGAAACUGUUUUGAUACUCCGCGCAAUAGUUGACGUUAAUUUACCUAAAUUUUUGGCUCACGAUGUUCCACUUUUUCAGGGAAUUAUUUCCGAUUUGUUUCCAGAUGUAAAAUUGCCUUCUCCAAAUAACCAGGUUCUUUUAAAAGCAAUCAAACAAGUCUUAGAGUCACGCAACCUUCAACCAGUAAACGGAUUUCUUUUGAAAAUAAUUCAAACUUACGAAAUGAUGAUCGUGAGACACGGAUUCAUGCUUGUAGGGGAUCCGUCUGGUGGAAAAACUUGUGUUCUUCAUACUUUAGCAGACUCAUUGACUCUGAUGGCCCAAUGGGGCAAUGAUCUAGGCGCUGAAACAAUUUACACUACCAUAAAUCCAAAAUCAAUAACGAUAGGUCAAUUGUACGGACAAUUUGAUCCCGUGUCUUCAGAAUGGACCGACGGAAUCUGCGCCGUGGCGUUCCGGCAAUACAGUACGAGUUUGGAAGACUCAUCCAGAAAAUGGAUCAUAUUUGACGGACCUGUCGAUGCAGUAUGGAUUGAGAAUCUCAACACAGUUUUAGAUGAUAAUAAAAAACUCUGCUUGACUUCGGGUGAAGUUAUACAGAUGACCGGUACCAUGUCAAUGAUUUUCGAGGCUAUGGACCUGGUUCAAGCUUCACCAGCGACUGUUUCUCGAUGUGGCAUGAUCUAUAUCGAGCCCCAUGUCCUUGGCUGGCGCCCUAUUGCGGAAUCUUGGUACAAAACUCUUCCCUCUUGGUCUGACGGGUAUUUAGAAAUAAUCAGAGACAUUUUUGAGUGGUUAAUUGACGCUUGUUUAGAAUUUACUAGAAAAAAAUGUCAACUUACCUUGUAUGCAGGGCAAAUCAAUCAGGUAACAAGUACUCUUAGUUUAUUUAAAAUGGUCAUGGACGAUGCAGUAGAUGAUCCAAGAAACAAAGAUUCGGAAGAAAUUAAAGACAAUAUUAAAUGUUGGGUUCAAGCAGCGAUUAUUUUUUCUAUCGUUUGGGGACUUUCAGGAACUCUGGAUCGUGAUUCUCAUCGGAAAUUUAAUGAUUUCUUUACAAGUAUCUGGAAAAAUCAAGACUCUAGUCUACCGAUACCUGAAAGUAUCAGUCGAGACGUUAUUUUGCUGCCUUCUGAAGAUAUUAAUGACAGUUAUUACGUUUUUCGCGGUAAAGGUCACUGGAAACCAUUUUCAGAAGCUCUUAAAACCGAAACUCUCGUUGAAGCUUCCAGUAUCUCACAGAUGCUGGUACCAACUGUUGAUACUGUAAAAUAUCAACGUUUAUUUCAGCAAUAUAUCAAGCACAACAAAAGAUUCUUGGUCUACGGUGCGACAGGUACGGGAAAAAGUUUCUACAUUCAAGAUUUGAUGACAAAUAAACUUAAAGAAAAUUACAUACCCAAUUUAAUAACAUUCACUGCUCGAACCAGCGCAGCAUUGGCUCAAGAACUAGUAAUUUCAAAGUUACAACGUCGAAAACGUCACUACGGUCCUGGAAAGGGUAAUUCAUGCGUGGUGUUUAUCGACGACGUUAACAUGCCUGCCAAAGAAGUUUACGGAGCCCAACCGGCUAUCGAAUUGCUGAGACAAAUGUUCGACCAUGAUUACUGGUAUGAUUCCAAAGAACCUCACAAGAUAACUGUUUCCGAUACGCUAUUUAUUUGUGCGAUGAGUCCACCUGGGGGAAUGCGCCAAAAAAUUUACCAGCGAUUUUUGAGACACUUUAACUUGCUCACCAUUAACGAAUUUACCGACGAAAGCAUUCUGAGAAUAUUUUCUACAAUCGCUUUAGCGGGUUAUAAAAGAAAUGGAUUCGCUUCAGAUAUAAUUGUCACAGUAAAUCCAAUGGUAAAUGCAACUCUCGAGAUUUUUAAAUGUGCAAUCAAGGAUUUAAGACCCACACCAGCUAAAUCUCACUAUGCCUUCAAUUUAAGAGACUUUGCGCGUGUAAUUACCGGUUGCGUUAUGUUAAAAAAGGAUUCUAUUGAGUCAAAGUCUACGUUUACGCGUCUGUGGGUCCAUGAAACUCUUAGAGUUUUCGGAGAUCGUUUGGUAGAUAGUGAGGAUCACUUAUGGCUCUUUGAUAAAAUCAAACAAGUAGUUUCAAAAACGUUUAAGGAUUCGUUUGAAAGCAUUUUCAGUCACUUGCCAAAAGAAAAUGACCAGUUGACCGAAAAGAGUCUCAAAAGUUUGAUAUUCGGGAAUUUUAUGGAUGAUUCUUUGGAUAAAAAGUACGAAGAAGUAACCUCGAUGGAGUUGUAUCAACAAAUAGUACAGCAGAAUCUCGAAGACUACAACUUAACGCACCGUACUGCUUUGGAUAUCGUGAUAUUUCGUUACGCUUUGGAGCAUUUAGCACGUGUGAGCAGAAUUAUGGCGACACCAGGAGGUAAUUUACUGAUGGUUGGAGUCGGGGGCUCUGGCCGACAAUCACUGACUAAAUUAGCCGCGGCUAUGGCCGACUAUGACCUAUUCCAACCGGAAAUAACCAGCACUUAUGGCGUGAACGAGUGGCACGAAGAUAUUAAAAAGAUUUGCAAAACGUCUGGAGCUCAAGGAAAAGAUUUAGUUUUUCUUAUUUCAGAAAGUCAAAUCACGGAACAAGUGUUUCUAUCCGACAUUGACGGGCUUUUGAAUUCCGGAGAAGUUCCUAAUUUAUUUAAUGCCGAGGAGAGACAAGAAAUAAUCGAAAUUUGUCGGUCGACAGCUGCCAAAGAGGGGGAUAAUGGUGUCAUUUCUACAGGAUCGAUCGUUUCGGUACUGUCGUACUUUUUAAGCCGGUGUAAAGAAAAACUUCACCUUAUGCUGUGUUUCACACCAAUAGGAGAGUCAUUUAGAACUCGGCUGAGAUUGUACCCGAGUUUGGUGAAUUGUUGUACUAUCGAUUGGUUUGAAGUUUGGCCAGAAGAAGCCCUCGAGCAAGUUGCUGUUAAGUUUACUAAGGAUAUCAAUGUCGAUGAUCAAGUAAAAGUUAACGCAGUGAUAGCCUGUAAGUAUUUUCACGUCUGUGCUAAAAAUAUCGCUGAAGACUUCUAUAGAAUAACCGGAAGGCGAACGUAUAUUACUUCAACGGGGUUUUUAGAUUUGAUACGGAAUUAUGCAAGGCUGAUCAAUAUAAAACAGGAAGAAAUAACAGAAGCUCGAGCUCGCUAUGUCAAUGGUCUUGACAAACUUGCGUUCGCAGCCGAAGAAAUAAAAAGAAUGAAAAUUAAUGUUGAGACUUUGAAGCCACAGUUGGAAGCUUCUGCUCGAGAAACUAUUGAAACUAUGAAGCAAAUAGAAAACGAGAGUAAGGGAGUUGAAGAAGCGACUAUUCAAGUUAAGAAAGAUGAAAAAGUUGCUAAUAAGCAAGCUGAGAUUGCUGGGGCAUUGAAAAUCGAAUGUGAAGCGGAUCUUGCUUCGGCGCUUCCUGUUUUGGAAGAAGCUCUUAAAGCUCUUGAUACUCUCAAGCCCAAAGAUAUUUCAUUGGUAAAAACUAUGAAAAAUCCUCCAGCUGGGAUUAAAUUAGUAAUGGCUGCUGUUUGUGUAAUGCUCAAUAUUCCUCCCGACAGAAAACCUUCACCAGACACCGGAAAAAUAGUCCGGGACUACUGGAAGCCCAGCAAAAAAUUGCUCAGCGAUAUUAAAUUUCUGGAUUCUCUGAAAAAUUACGACAAAGAUAAUAUUCCUUUGCAAACAAUAGAAACAAUAAAACGUAUUUAUAUGACGGAUAAAAAUUUUGAGCCUCGUGUUGUGGCGAAAGCUUCACAAGCUGCUGAAGGACUUUGCAAGUGGGUUCGUGCAAUGGUUCUCUAUGACAAAGUCGCUCGAGAAAUAGCUCCGAAAAAACAGAAGCUCCAAGAUGUCCAAAAAGAAUACUCGGAUACGAUGAUUAUAUUGGAGGAAAAGCGUAUUGCGUGUGCUGAGUUAACUGGCAAAUUAACAGUCUUGAAGGAGAAUCUGGAAAAAAUUUUAGAAAAAAAAAUAAAUCUUGAAAAUCUGUUAUCACGCUGUCGUAAUAAAUUAAUACGAGCUGAAAAAUUAAUCAGUGGGUUGGGAGGCGAGGAACGUCGCUGGUUAAAAACUGCUGAAGAUUUAAAAAAAUCUUAUGAAACUCUGUCGGGAGAUAUUUUAAUAUCUUGCGCUAUAAUAGCUUACUUGGCGCCAUUCACAUCGGUUUAUCGAGCAAACAAUAUCGAUAAAUGGAUUCAGUACAUUAAAAAUUUAAAAAUUCCCUCUUCAGAAGAUUUUUCCUUCGUCGAAAUUCUGUCCAAUGAUUUGCAAGUAAAUACGUGGAAUAUUUCGGGUUUGCCUAGGGAUAUAUUUUCAACGGAAAACGCUGUUAUUAUGGCUAGUAGCAAACGCUGGAGUUUGUUUAUUGAUCCACAAAGCCAAGCUAAUAGAUGGAUUCGCACGAUGGAGAAAUUCAGUAAUGUUGAAAUCGUCAAAUUAACAAAUAAAAAUUAUAUGACUGUUGUAGAGAGGUGUAUUGAGUUCGGUUACCCAGUAUUGAUUGAAAAUAUUUAUGAACAACUGGAUGCUUCGCUGGAUCCAAUACUCAUGAAAAAUAUCUACAAAGUCGCCGGAGAGUUUUAUAUAACUCUUGGCGAGAAAAUAAUCAAGUAUGAUGAUAAAUUUCGACUGUAUUUGACCACCAAAUUGCGUAAUCCUCACUACGUACCGGAAAUUUUCAAUAAAGUCACAAUUAUUAAUUUUUCUCUGACUAAAAUUGCGCUUGAGGAUCAACUUCUGGGGAUCGUCGUGGCAAAAGAACGACCAGAAUUGCAAGAAAAACGGGAGUACCUGAUAGUUCAGGGAGCAGCUAAUCAAAAAUCACUCAAACAAGUUGAAGAUAGUAUCCUUAAAACUCUAUCUUCCGGUACAGGCUCGGAAAUUCUUGAAGAUGAAGAGGCCGUGGGAAUAUUAGAUUCCUCUAAAAUAUUGUCCGCAGAUAUAAUUAAAAAGCAAAAAGCUUCCGAAGAAACUCAACGAGAAAUAGAAGUCGCGAGGAAUGACUAUGCGUCAAUUGCUAAAUAUUCUUCAGCGCUUUACUACACAUGUACAGAUCUCCCCAAUAUCGAUCCAAUGUAUCAGUAUUCACUAACGUGGUUUAUAAAUCUUUAUGUCACUACCAUAGAGAAUGCUCAUAAAAGUAAAUUAUUAAAAAAGAGAUUAAAAUUUUUACAAGAUACUUUUACGUAUAAUCUCUACCAAAAUAUCUGCAGGUCAUUAUUUGAAAAAGAUAAACCGCUAUACGGAUUUAUUUUGUAUACAACAAUAUUAAUCGAUCGCCAGGAAAUAACUAUAGAGGAAUUGAAUUUAUUUUUAUCUGGAAUAAAUGUAAAGAAAACAACUAACCCGGUUGAUUGGUUGCCAGACAAAUCUUGGAUGGAAUUAUGUCAGUUGAAUACUCUAGGGGUAUUUAAAAAUUUUCUAUCACAUUUUUUGAAUAACUUGGAUGCUUGGAAAAGUUUUUAUCAUGCAGAUAUUAAUUUUCAAGACACACAAUUGCCGACGCCUUGGGACAAAGACCUCACGGAAUUCCAUAAAUUAAUAAUUAUGAAAAUAAUACAUCCGGAUAAAGUUUUGCAAACGAUGAUUAAAUUUAUCGAGCAAGGAAUGGGAAGUAAAUUUGUCUUGCCGGUUACUUUCGACCUUACUAAAUCUUAUAACGACUCAAACUCGUUGAAUCCUUUGAUAUUUAUUUUAUCCCAGGGUUCAGAUCCCACUGCGUCGCUAUUUAAUUUUGCAACGGCAAUGAAUUAUCAAGACAAGUUCAGUUGUGUUUCUCUGGGACAGGGUCAGGGUGCGCGAGCUGAAAAAUUAAUUAGAGACGCGCAGAAAAAUGGCGACUGGGUUUACCUGCAGAACUGUCAUUUAGCCGCAUCAUGGAUGCCACAAUUGGAAAAAAUUUGCGAGAAAUUUGACGCAACUAAUACUUCUGUUAAUUUUCGUUUAUGGUUAACAAGUUAUCCUACACCAAAAUUUCCCAUUUCUAUUCUAGAAAACGCUAUUAAAAUGACAAACGAACCGCCCAAAGGACUCCAGCAGAAUUUAAUGCGACUGUAUUCGUCAGAGCCGCUGAAAAAUCAUUUAUUUUUUGACAGAUGUCCGGGAAAAGAUAAAAUAUUCGCCCGGUUAAUUUACGGACUCUGUUUCUUUCAUGCCGUGGUACAAGAACGAAGAAAUUACGGCCCUCAGGGUUGGAAUAUUCCUUACGGCUUCAACGAAUCAGACUUUGAAAUUUCUAUAACUCAACUGGAAAUAUUUAUCAAUCAAUACAAUGAAUUGCCGCUGAAAGCAAUUACUUAUUUAACUGGAGAGUGUAAUUACGGUGGGCGUGUUACGGAUGACCGUGAUCGCCGUUGUUUGAAAACAAUUCUUCAGGAUUAUUACAAUGACCAAAUAAUAUCAAAUGACCAGUACAAAUUGACUGAGAGCUCUGAUGAAUGUUACUGCGUACCUCGGAAAAAUAAUUACCAAGAGUAUGUUAAACAAAUUCAGAGAAUGCCAUUAAAUCCUCAACCGGAAGUCUUUGGUUUGCAUGCGAAUGCAAGGAUUACCCGAGACUUGGAAACAUCGAGACUUUUUUUGGAGUCUUUGCGGAAAAUCUCUGGUACAGUGUCUCUUGCGGGUGGAGUUAAUGCUACAGGGGAUUUUGGUUCUAAGCAAGAUGAAUCGCUCCUGGCAAUAAAGCAAGACAUUUAUGAAAGACUUCCGUAUUUAUUUGACCUCGAAGCUGCAGUGAAAAAGUACCCAGUGCGUUAUGAUGAAUCUAUGAACACGGUAUUAGUCCAAGAAUUAGAACGUUACAAUAAUUUGUUAGGUAUUAUUCGCACGAGUCUUGAAAUGCUUGAAAACGCUAUCAAGGGAAUUAUUGUUAUGACUAGUGAGUUGGAAAUUAUUUAUGAUGAAAUACUGAGUAACAAAAUUCCAUCGUUGUGGAUAAAGUCCAGCGCGUAUCCUUCAUUGAAAUCGCUUGGUAAUUUUGUCAGUGAUUUGAUAAAACGUUUAGAGUUUUUAAAAAAUUGGGUGGACUACGGUAAACCCGAUAAAUUUUGGAUUUCUGGAUUUUCCUUUGUACAUGGAUUUUUGACUGGAGCUAUGCAAAAUUUCGCUCGAAAGUACAAAAUAUCAAUCGACAAAAUAGAGUUUGAUUUUGAGGUAUUUAGUUAUCCGGAUUAAACAAAACUAUAUAUCAGCUAAAAUAAAAUUUUUAAUCAACAGGUUAUGUCAGACGAGUUAAAUUCAGCCCCAGUAGACGGUGU